ACUAAUGUUUUACCGAAGCUGUUAAACACCGGCUACAUAAAAGCUGGCCAGCACAAAAGUGCAGAACUUUGGGAAGUUUACUUAAGAGGACGAGUGAACACAAGCGUUUGUUAGCUACGUUAGCUAGCUGAGAGAGCAAAGAAAUGCAGUCUGUGGUAAAACAAAACUUCCACGCGGAGACCGAAGGAGACGUCAAUAAACUCAUCAACCUGAAGCUCAAUGCAUCUUACACCUACCUUGCUCUGGGGAUGUAUUUUGACAGGGAUGACGUUGCCUUGCCAAAAUUCUCCAGUUUUUUCCUGGAGCGCUCAAUGAAAGAGAGGGAACAGGCUGAGAAACUGCUCGAAUAUCAGAACAUGAGAGGAGGACGAAUUUUGCUUCAGACAAUUGCCAAACCAAGCAGAGAGGAUUGGAGAGGUGGUCUGGAUGCAAUGUCCUUUUCCCUGGAUUAUCAGAAGUCCCUGAACACAUGUAUCCUUGAGGUGCACCGCAGAGCUGGCAUCCACACAGACCCUCAUCUGUGCGACUUCCUCGAGCAGCACUUUCUGAUCGACAGCCAUGACACCAUCAAGAAGCUGGGCGAUUACGUUGGCAGUCUGACCCGCAUCACUGCGUCUGAGACACACGGCCCUAUGGGAGAAUACCUCUUUGAUAAACAUACUCUGUAAAGGUCACAGCAGUACAGCGAUACAAGCUCCACAUUUCAAAAGAUACGUGGAGUCAAGAGGGCAACAGUCCCUCACGCUGUGCAUACCUUUCCGUUAAGAAAAUUGCAAAAUAUUGUCACAAACUUCAUUCCUGUACCAAUGGUAAAGAGAAGUUCUAAGCAAAAUAACAGAAAAUACCUCAAUUUUUCUUGAAAACCACAGUGGAAAAAUAGUCUCACGAAUAUGGUGCUAAAAACUACCAAUUUCCUAAGCUGUUAAAACAAGUCACUUUUUCAUUUCAGUUGUAUCAUGUCAUGCAUUCCAGUGUGUCAGAGGUUUUAACCCUCACAAAUAUUUUAAUACAUACUAUUUUGAGUCAAACGAAAUUAUUUAAACAGUUUAAGAUUUGGAAUAUCAUGAAAUGCUGAAUAAAGUCAGAUUAUGGUGA